AUGAAGGCUGCCAAAGAUGAAGCUGUUGCUGCUGCUGCUGCUGCUACUGCUGCAGAGUUGACUGAAGCCCCGACUCAAAGACUGAAGAGGCUGAAGUUCCCACUGAAGCUGCCAAGGAAGCAGAUGUGAAAGAGGCAGAGGAGGAUGAUGUGAAACACGUCAACCUUGAGAGACUGACAUGAACAUUCACCGGAAGAUGAGACAGAAGAGGUUGAUGCUGAGGAAGAGGAGAUUAAAGCAGAGGAAGUUGUAGCACAAGAGAGGAGGAGAAGGAGGAGGAGAUAAAAGAAGAGGAAGGGAAAGAGGAAUUAAAAAUGGAGAUAGAAAAGGAAGAAGAAGAAGAGGAGGCGCCAAAAACUGAAGAAGAGGUGGAAGAAUCCGAGCCAGAGGAAGAGGAGACUAAAGCUGAAGUAGAAUCAGUAAAAGAAGUGGAGACCAAAACUGAAGAUUUGGUAGAGGAAGAGGAGGAGGAGAAGGAGGACAAAGAGGAGGCCACUAGGACAGAGGAAGGGGCAGUAAAAGAAGAGGAGGAGACCAAAUCUGUAGAAGUUGAGGAAGCUAAAAAGGAAGAAGGGGAGAACAAAUCUGAAGAAGAUGCAGUAGAGGAGGAGGAGGAAGAAGCGGAGGAGGAGACAAAAACUGAAGAAGAUGCAGUAGAGGAGGAGGAGGAAGAAGCGGAGGAGGAGACAAAAACUGAAGAAGAUGCAGUAGAGGAGGAGGAGGAAGAAGCGGAGGAGACAAAAACUGAAGAAGCUGCAGUAGAGGAGGAGGAAGAAGAAGCGGAGGAGGAGACAAAAACUGAAGAAGCUGCAGGAGAAGUGGAGGAAAAGGAGGAGAAAGAGGAGGAGGAGGAAACUGUAGAAAUUCUGGUAGAAGAUAAGGAGGAUGAGACAAAAACAGAAGAAAAAGCUGAAGAGGAGAAUAUUGAAGAUGAAGAUCUCCCUGUUGAUGAAGAAUCAGAUGAAGAAAAAAUUGAAAUCACAGAAACUCAUAUCCAACAUGAGAUUACAAAAACUGACCAGGACGAUCAAGCUCUAGAUCUGGAUGAUGAAGAGGAUUUAAAAGAAGAUCAACUGGACAAAGUGGAGAAGAUAGAGGUGGAAGAUGAAGAAAAAGAGACACCUGUCCAACAACUUGAUCUAGAAAUGUUAUCAACUGAAAAAGUUGAUAAUACUAGUGUAGUGCCUGAGUCUGAUGAUGAUGAUGAUGAGGAAGAAGAGGACAUUAACGCUGACGACCAGGACGAGUACUCCGACAUCGUUGACGAUCACGAUGAAAACAACAACAACAGUGAAAGUGGGAAAACUGAGCUCAAACGUAGGAGGAAGGUUCAUAUUCCCUUUGAGAGGCUCAGAAGAGCCGGAUCCAAAGCUGCUUCCAAAGAAGAACGCCUUCACAAAGAUGAGACAGAAUUCACUGCCGAGGAGGAGGAGGAGAGAAUAGUUGAGGAAUACAAACUUGAGGAAACUAUUGAGAUGAAACUAAAAGAAGAAAAGCCAAAGGAGGAGACCAAACCCUUUGAACAGGAACCACCAAAGCCCAAAGAAGAUGAGUCGAAAAAGGAGAAAGAACCAAAGAAACCAUCCAAAGAAGAGGUAGAGUUCAGGAAGCCUUCAGAGGAGGAGAAAGAAACACCAAAGCCUGAACAGAGGACAUCAGUGACAAAACCCUCUGAAGAGAAAAUUGAUGUGAAAACACCACCCAAAGAAGAAGAGGAAGUCAAGAAACCUCUCAAAGAAGAGAAAACAGUCCAGAAACCAUCAAAAGAAGAUGUAGAGGACAAGAAACCAUCCAAACAAGAGAAAGUCAAGAAACAUCUUGAGAAGAAAGAAGCUAAGAAGCCUCUAAAAGAAGUCAAAGAGGCCAUUAAACCUGUCAAAGAAGACAAGGAAGCGAAGAAGCCUCUCAUAAAAGACAAAGAGGUCAAGAAACCUCUCGCAGAAGAGAAAGAAGUCAAGAAACCCUCUAGAGAAGACAAAGAAGUCAAGAAACAACUCAAAGAAGACAAAGAGGUUAAGAAACCUUCUAGAGAAGACAAGAAGCCUCUCGCAGAAGAGAAAGAAGUCAAGAAACCAUCUAGAGAAGACAAAGAGGUCAAGAAACAACUCAAAGAAGAGAAAGAAAUCAAGAAAUCCUCUAAAGAAGACAAGAAACCUCUCAAAGAAGAGAAAGGAAUCAAGAAAUCCUCUAAAGAAGACAAGAAACCUCUCAAAGAAGAGAAAGGAAUCAAGAAAUCCUCUAAAGAAGACAAGAAACCUCUCAAAGAAGAGAAAGAAAUUGAGAAACCAUCUAAAGAAGACAAAGAGGUCAAGAAACCAUCCAAAGAAGACAAGAAACCCCUCAAAGAAGAGAAAGAAAUUGAGAAACCAUCUAAAGAAGACAAAGAGGUCAAGAAACCGUCCAAAGAAGACAAGAAACCUCUCAAAGAAGAGAAAGAAAUCAAGAAAUCAUCUAAAGAAGACAAAGAGGUCAAGAAACCGUCCAAAGAAGACAAGAAACCUCUCAAAGAAGAGAAAGGAAUCAAGAAAUCCUCUAAAGAAGACAAGAAACCUCUCAAAGAAGAGAAAGAAAUCGAGAAACCCUCUAAAGAAGACAAAGAGGUCAAGAAACCGUCCAAAGAAGACAAGAAACCCCUCAAAGAAGAGAAAGAAAUCAAGAAAUCAUCUAAAGAAGACAAAGAGGUCAAGAAACCGUCCAAAGAAGACAAGAAACCCCUCAAAGAAGAGAAAGAAAUCAAGAAAUCAUCUAAAGAAGACAAAGAGGUCAAGAAACCCUCUAAAGAAGACAAGAAACCCCUCAAAGAAGACAAAGAGGUCAAGAAACCAUCUAAAGAUGAAAAACAAGUCAAGCAACUUCUCAAAGAAAAGAACGGAGUCAUUAAAUCUCUUACAGAAGACAAAGAAAUCAAGAAACUAUCAAAAGAAGAGAAGGAAGUCCGCAAACUAUCUGGAGAGGAGAAAGGAAUCAAGAAACCUCUCAAGGAAGAGAAAGAAGUCAAGAAACCUCUUGAAGAAAAGAAGGAAGAAACAACACUUUCCAAAGAAAAGGAGGAAGUCAAGAAACCCUCCAAAGAUGAGAAAGAAGUCAAGAAACUUCUUAAAGAAAAGAAGGAAGAAACAAAACCUUCCAAAAAAGUGACAGAAGCUAAGAAACCCUCUAAAGAAGACAAGGAAGUCAUAAAACCAUCUAAAAAGGAGAAAGAAGUUGAGAAACCUCUGAAAGAAGAGAAAGCAUUUAAUAGAUCUGUUGCAGAAGGAAUAGAAUUAAAGAAACCAUCAAAGGAAGAGGAGAAAGUCAGUAAACCAUCCCGAGAGGAGAAAGAAGUCAAGACACUUCUUAAAGAAAAGAAAGCAGAAACAAAACCAUCCAAAGAAGAGAAGGAAGUCAAGGGAGCUUCUGAAACUGAGAAAGACAAAGAGGUUAAGAAACCAUCUACCAAGAAGAUAGAGGUCAAGAAUCUUCUGAAAGAAAAGAAAGAGGAGGAGAAACCACUCAGAGAAGGAAGGGAAGAGAAGAAACAUCCUAAAGAAGAGAAAGCCAUGACAACAACUCUCAAAGAAGAUAAACUUUCUAAAGAAGAGACAGAAGUGAAGGCAACCACCUAA